UUUGACGACUCCAGAGGUUCACACUGCUGGACAUCUGGUAGAUUUUACUGCAGUUGGCACGGAGAUACAUGGAAAUACAACACAAGAGAAGCAUGAGGAAACACUGUGCUCUCAAACAUGGAAUACUCAAGGAAUUCCUGGCAGAAUUCCUGGGGACUUUUGUCUUGGUUCUGUUUGGCUGCGGCUCAGUUGCACAGACCGUCCUCAGUCGAAACACGCUGGGCGAGCCUCUCACCGUCCACAUCGGCUUCUCCGUGGGACUCAUGAUGGCAGCGUACGUGGCCGGUGGAGUGUCAGGGGGCCAUGUGAACCCUGCUGUGUCUCUGGCCAUGGUGAUUCUGGGCAAACUGAAGAUCUGGAAGUUUCCCUUCUACGUCAUCGCUCAGUUUCUUGGUGCUUUUGCUGGAGCUGCUGCAGUCUUUGGGUUAUACUAUGAUGCCUUCAUGGACUUCACCAGUGGGAUUCUGUCAGUGACGGGAAUCAAUGCAACAGGUCACAUUUUUGCUUCCUACCCAGCGAGACACCUGUCAAUCCUCGGCGGCUUCAUCGAUCAGGUGGUGGGGACAGGUAUGCUGGUGCUGUGUAUCCUGGCUAUCAUUGAUGGUGGAAACAUUGGAGCUCCCAAAGGCGUGGAGCCGCUGGCUAUAGGUCUGAUCAUCAUGGCCAUCGGCGUUUCCAUGGGACUGAACUGUGGAUACCCCCUGAACCCUGCCAGAGACCUGGGACCCCGACUGUUCACAGCUGUAGCCGGAUGGGGGAUGGAGGUCUUCAGCACUGCAGAAUACUGGUGGUGGAUCCCUGUGGCGGGGCCCAUGGUGGGCGGUGUGGUCGCAGCUGUCAUCUACUACCUGUUCAUCGAGUUGCACCACCACCGCGAGGAGCCCGAGAAACCCCCUGAGGAGGAGGAAGAGGAGGAGGAAGACGAGGAUGACGAGGACAGCAGUCUGAAGGACAAAUAUGAGAUGAUCACCAUGAGUUAAAAAAAGACAUUACCCUCCAGGACCAACCGGGUCAGAUUGUUUUACUGUCAGUCAGGUGACAAGCACACGGUCAGUGUUAACACCAAUAACGGACUGUCUCCUUUGUAAUUUAACUUUUUAUGUUGUAUGUUUCAAGAACACAUGAAAAUCUCAGUCCUGUGUGCUUCACUUUGUUAUAACUUUUCAUAUACAUGUUGUAAAUAGUGUAUCAUAGAUAUUAGAUCCUUUAUUUGGUUAUAAUUACCAGAAACAAGUGGUACUAAUAGUGUUGCUCCUUUUAGGUUUGCUCCCCUCUUCAGUGGUUGUGAUGAUAUUCUCUGUAUAUUCACUUAAAUUUUUUUGCUCUAACUUAUAUAUUUCUUCUUUUGCAAACCACAAGAAUUCCUCCCUCCUGUUCUUUAUUAACAUUUGUAUUUCACUCUGUACUGUUUUGUCUACAUUAAAGUUUCUACAAAUAUCAAAC